AUGAUGCUGAGCGUAAAAGAGUGGGCAAUUGUGCUUUUCAUGCAGGGACGAGGUGUUCAUAAACCGCCCGUGCAUAAGAUUAGCGUUUUACCUGGUGAUGGGAUCGGUCCAGAAGUGAUGGCGGAGGCUCUGCGGGUGCUGGAGGUGGUUUCGGGGAAAUUUGGGUUUGAGGUCACGUAUUCGACACAUCUGGUUGGUGGGGCGGCGUAUGAUGCCCAUGGGACGCCGCCGCGGGAAACGGUAGAGGCUUGUGAGCAGGCGGCCAUUUUAUUUGGGUCGGUGGGUGGGCCGAAGUGGGAGAAUCUGCCUCCAGAUGAUCAGCCUGAGCGGGGGGCGUUGUCACUGAGAAAACAUUUUGGUUUGUUUGCGAAUUUGCGGCCGGGGGUGUGCCAUCCUUCUUUAACGCAUGCUUCUCCGGUGAAGAAUGAGUUGAUCCCGAAUGGUUUUGAUGUGCUCUGUGUGCGUGAGCUCACUGGAGGGAUUUAUUUUGGCGAGCCUAAGGGGAGAGAGGUGCGGGAUGGGGAAGAGGUGGCCUUUGAUACGAUGGUUUAUCAGAAGUCGGAGAUUGAGCGCAUUUUGCAUGUGGCCUUUGUGGCGGCGCGUGGGAGAGAUCAGCGGGUGACUUCUGUGGAUAAGGCGAAUGUUUUGGCGAGUUCAGUGCUCUGGCGAGAGACGGCGGUGGAGGUGGCGAAGGAUUAUCCUGAUGUGAAGCUGGAGCAUCUUUAUGUGGAUAAUGCGGCGAUGCAGUUGGUGAAGCGACCAGAUUCGUUCGAUGUGAUGGUGACGGAGAAUUUGUUUGGCGAUAUUUUAUCGGAUGAGAUGGCGAUGAUUUCUGGCUCGUUGGGCAUGUUGCCCUCUGCUUCGCUGGGUGAGAAGAGGGGAGAUCUUUAUUUCGGCUUGUAUGAGCCAUCGGGUGGCUCUGCUCCAGAUAUAGCGGGGCAGGGGAUUGCGAAUCCGAUCGCUCAGAUAUUGUCGCUGGCGAUGUUGUUGAGAUUUUCUCUGGGAGAAGUUGAGGCUACAGAUGCGAUAGAAAAUGCGGUGCAGGGUGCGAUUAAUGCGGGUUUACGAACAGGUGAUCUUUAUACGGGGGCAGAGGGCGAGACUAAGGUAAAUACCGCUGAGAUGGGGGCGGCUGUGUUGGAGAGAAUAUAG